GCAGUUUUAACUUCUCCGCGUGGACUUCGGGCGGCUCGCGGGAUCCUCCUGACACGGUUUCGUUUCGGCGCAAUUUGCGGAGUUUUGGCGCACCGAGUCCACGCGUGGUCCCGUUUCAUGGCGUUUAUGUGGGCGUCACAUGCGCGAGGUCUGGAGCCAUAUUACUGUACCAUCAUUUCAAAGUGACUACAUGAUGAGCAACCAAUCUGCUCAGACCUUCACCGACCCAGCUUUCCAGAACAAGAUGCCAUUAUUUGAUGGGAGUGUCACAUCUCCAGGACUGCCCAAGCCACAAAAUAUGUCUGGUUUCUUCAGUAAGCAGCCUAUCCAGUAUAGUGGUGCCUACUUUGCUUAUGACCCCAGAGGAGCGGAUACAACAGCAUUUAGUCCUCCUUGGAGCAGCUGUAAGUCAUCUCUGUUGGAUUGUAGAAGUCCUGUUAAUAGCCUCUCUGGCUUGAAGGGACGAAACCACAUCAUUUACAGGCAAGACAACAUGCUGUCUUCAGAGAAAAGCCAUUCUCCUUCUGUGCAUCACAUCCCAUUAAAACAGGGCUUUACGUGUUACACUAGAAGUCCUGGAAUCAGCAGGCCUACAUCCCCUACAUCAGUGACUGUCAAACAGAAGAACGGAGGUGGGACUUCCCCAUCUGAAAACUCUGUUUACUUAGCAAUUCCAAAGCCAAUUUAUGGACAGAACCCCUACUGCAAUGAAUUGGGUUGUGUGGUAGGUCAGCAAUACAGCGUAGGACACGGGUCGCAGCGGAUACCAAACCCUGCUUAUGAACGAGAAUGGGUGCUAACUGACUCUCACUGCUCUGAAAGACUAUCCACUGAGAGAAACACACACAACCUGUUGCUGCAACAGAGAGGUCUAAAGGUUCAACCUACUGCAGAACCCUUCAAGAGGGAGACUGUGGAGACGUACAGCAGCUUGAGCCCAGGUAGAAGAAUGAGUUUACCUGCUGUGAUGGAGCCAAACUACAAUAGCUAUCCCUGUACCCAAGUCCGCACUCUGCUUGGUCCUUUAAGUGAGCAGAGCCAGCAUUUACAAAGUUCCCCCAGAGGCUAUCAUAGCCUGUACUCCUCCCAUCCUACACAUGAGCGCAUGACCUCAGAGGUUUUUCAGGAGUGUUCUGUUUCCAAAUAUGGACAACUAACAAAGCACCCAAUGUUUUACUACCCCCAAACAAAUGUGGAGCUAGAAAACAGUAGACGAACUAAAGAUAGUCAUGGUAAGCAGAGAGAUGAUGUUCCUGUUAUUCUUCAACAUGCAGUUUCUAGCCCACGGGACCAUUAUGUUAUUCCCCAGUCGAUUCAUGAUGAAAUUCCUUUGCCUAGUGCUCAAUCAUUGCCAAAUCAUUCCUUUGUGCAGCAUUUUGAUUACCCGUGUUAUGCAGUUCCGAGAGUUCAUUUGAAUGGAAGCCCAGUCAGAGUCCCUGUAAAAAGGCAGCAUGCGCCGCUUAGUGGCAUAAAUAUUUCCCCGACCAGCCAAUGUAUGGACCACCUCUUGGUCUCCUCUGCCAACCUGCACAAUGACAAACCCAAUACCAGCCUGCAUACUUCCCCACCAUUCCUCCAUGUGGACCAACCCAGUUCUAGCAGGCAUAUCGGACAACCUGAGUUUUCACCAGUAGGCAUACAAAUUGGCAAGUUGUUAUCCCCAACCACCAGCAUGCACAUAGAUCAGCUUCAUUCUUCUCCAGUUAGCUUGAACAUUGACAGACACCUGGACUAUUCCCCCUGUAACGGCCAACUUGCAUAUCUAAAAACACCCCGUGGUUUUGUCAUUUCCCCUGGUGCGCAGUUACCACAAUCACCAAAUCGCAAUUCAGCUCAGGACCAAACACCUUUAGCCAGUGGUUCAAAUCUUCAAAAAAAAAUGUAUUCUCCUACAGUUGCAAAAGGAAGUGAACAUAAUGGCUCUGCUACUGUUAAUCCUACAGGGACUUUGAGAAAACAUCUUUUGGACUCAUCUCCUUGCAGCAACAUUAAAGAAGAGACUAAGGAUUUAUGUCAGGUGGGUCCCAUAAAGAAAAGACCAAAAAUGGAAAAAGAAGAGAACAAAAAUGACUCUCCUCCUAUGCCAGUGAUUGAUGUAGUCUUCAGCCUGGCACCUUACAAAUCAUACCUGCAGAAGGCUAGAGCAUUAUCUCCAGCAAAAGAAUCUCAGAGAACUGUGCAUUCACCUGAGGUGCAUGAAGUAGAAACCAAGUCAUACAUUAAAGAGAAAAGCCCAGCCAGUGAAGAACAGCUGCCUGUAGUCUGUGCACAAACUCUAGCAGAGAAGUCUGAUGAAGCCCUUGAACCCAAAUGCAUAAAGCUGGAAAAAGGAGAUCCAGAUGGAAACAAGUCUGCUCGCAAAAUCAAAGAAGAGGACUACAAUGAGACAUCAGUCAAAAUGGAGAAACAGGAGGAUGGUUCACCUAACAACAUUACAUUAUUUGUGAUUAACAAAUGUAAACCUGAAGAGCUUGAAUGUCAGCCCCCGUGUGCAGGUGAAAACAACACUUCAGAUCAUUCUGCACAGAGGGAGGUAACCAAAGACAUGGAAACAUUUUCAGAAGGUAACACUUGUACAGAGCGCACACGGGUGGCAGUGCCUGACCCAAAAUCUAUUCUCCCCCCUGAACCACCUCAGAAUAAAAUAAACUUCAAGAAUAUUCCCCUUCAGUGUCUGAAACUGUCCACCUACAAAAUGAUUCUCCCUGAUACGAAGCAGUCUUCUAAGCCUGUGUCAGUCAUAGAAAAAUCUUUAGGAAUGCCUGCUUCAGCAAAUACACCCCACCUGGAGCACCAAAUGCCAGUCCGUAAGCACUUCUUUGAGCUGCACCAUUCUUUGUGCAAGCUAGUGUCCAGAUCUGUGUCAGUGUCAUCGCAGGAGGACCUUAGGACCUGGUUGUUUCAUUUGGAACUCGUUGAAACUCCUUCCCACAAUGUGCAGAAAUUAUCGUGUUUGUUGGGGGUAAAAGCCCGGGAGGUGUGGCUCAACGAGGAAAUAAAAUCGGCACUCCAUGAGGUUGUCGAGAGGUUGAUGGAGUACAUCUCUGUGGAAUAUUGUCCAUUUCCACAUGUUAUACGGUCAGGGGCGGUGUUCAUCCCCAUGUUGGUUUUGAAGGAGCUGCUGUUCCCUUCGGUGCAGGGCAGCUUUAUCGACAAGGUGCUGCAGGAGCACAAAGUGGUGCUGAGGCCCACCACCCUCUCUGAAGAGAAGCUCCUUAUCCAGUUACACAAACGAUCCUGUUCCUCCAAGCUCAGGAGGCUGAUGUCCCUAAAAUACCUGCCUAAUGUCUACAUGGAUGUGGUCAACCUUUACUAUCAUGCCUGUGUCUGCAGACACUUGGAAUCAACCUCACCUGAUGUCCAAAAGAGAAUCCAGGCAUAGACCUGGAUGAAUCUAGUAACAGAGACACGGGCGAAGGUUGCGAAGAGAAUAAAAGUUGUAAGAGUCUUGUUCUGCCUCCCUCGCCCGCCUCAGAGUCAGACUCUCAUGUGAAAGCACAGCACUCCAAAUCUCAAAAACCGAAAAGCAGGAUAACGAGCAGCUCAAGGCGUCUGUUUUUAAAUGAUUCUAUGACAGAGGAGGAAGA